AUGGAUCCUUCAGGUGGACUGAAAUCGAUUGAUUGUUCUUCCGCAGGAACGAGUACUACCACAGAAGACGACUACCUGACUAAGUCGCACGAGCUCAGCAGCGACGAAGGAACACCAACGACGACCUCAAGCAUGCAAACAACGACGAAAAGCACUCCAACAGUUACAACGCAGGCUGAACCCGACCUGAGUGAGACGUCACAGACAUCGAGCACGUCCAGCACGACGUCGACCAGCACGACGUCGACCAGCACGACGUCGACCAGCACGACGUCGACCAGUACGACGUCGACCAGUACGACGUCGACCAGCACGGCGUCGACCAGCACGACGUCGACGUCGACCAGCACGACAUCGGCGAAGCCGCCACCACCAACAAGUGCCCCGUACAAGCCAGGAGACUUUCUUCUGUGUUCCGUCACAUCCGGCAUGGCAGACCAUCUCCCUAAAGAUGGCUUGUGCAACGUAAUCUUCUUUUCGCUGAUCACGACCAACACCAGCGUGAUGUUUUCUAGUAUGAGAGUAAUUGCGUUGAACCGCAUCAGAAGAUACGUUGCUGCGUCAAGGAGAACUCAAUGCGGGCUCGACUUCCCGUUCAACACUAUUGUCGAGCACCGAAACAACAUCGGAAGUUCAUCGAUGCUCCAAGCCAUCAGAGAGAUCGGUGCGCCCUUGUCCGGCGUCCUCACUGCCAAAGUGGGACCAAACUGGGAUGAGCGUAGCGAAGCCACGAGUGUCUUGCUUCGUUGGUGCAGAGAGAAAAGAAUCCGCGUCACCGAUGGAGUCUACAGCCUGGCGUGGGACGGUUUUACUGUGAAAGUGGCAGAUGACCUGGUCACCACAAAAGAAAAGGUAUGUGCGGCGAGAUCUACCGGUUUUCAAGGACACUGGGCCGUUUUUGCCCUAGAGCGUGCAGACGACUAUAGUUGCGGGCACUCCAAAUUGUCCUAUACGGACAUUCUUUGAAAAAUGGACCAGUGCAGCCGAACAAAAAAUAUAUAAUGACCCAAACCCA